GGACCCCGCUAGGUAAACCCCGUCGGCGUCGCCGCUCACUCCCUAAUUUUUUAAGAUGUCGAAGCGAGGACGAGGAGGAUCCGCUGGAAAUAAGUUCCGCAUGUCGCUGGGUCUACCGGUGGCUGCCACUGUCAAUUGUGCCGACAACACUGGCGCGAAGAACCUCUACAUUAUAUCCGUGAAGGGGAUCAAGGGCCGGCUGAACCGUCUCCCAUCUGCUUGCGUUGGGGAUAUGGUAAUGGCAACUGUCAAGAAGGGCAAGCCAGAUCUCAGGAAGAAGGUCAUGCCUGCCGUCAUUGUGAGGCAGCGGAAACCUUGGCGCAGAAAGGAUGGCGUCUAUAUGUACUUUGAGGAUAAUGCUGGCGUUAUUGUGAAUCCAAAGGGGGAAAUGAAAGGAUCUGCUAUUACAGGACCCAUCGGCAAGGAAUGUGCUGAUCUGUGGCCUAGAAUUGCCAGUGCUGCUAAUGCCAUCGUUUAAUGAUGUGCUUUUUGCAAGGCUUGCGUAAAUUUGGAGUUUUGUUUCAUCUUGAUAAAUCUAGGACAAUAAUAAUUAUAUCUUCGCUUGUUUCAUAAUUAAACCAAUAAUAAUUAUAUCUUCGGUUUUCUCUUUGUAUCA